AUGCUCAGUACUAUCUCAAGAACGGGCUUGAAUGGUCUUUCGAGAGUGAUCAGUUCCUCGCGUUCCACAGUCUUGACGAUUAGGCAUGCAUCAUUGAAUUCAGCAAUUGGGGAGGGUAUUCGCAGAUCUCAGUCGGCGGAUGCGGACAGAGAGGAUCGCCGCGGCAACGAGUCUCGGUUUCCUAAGCGCGAACGACAAUACGAGGGGCAAUACGGAGCGCGACAAUACGGAAGAUCAGGUGAAUCCAAAUUCAAUGACCGUCAAACAAAUGGAUCGCGACAAUACGGACAGCAAAAAUACGAGAGAUCAGGUCAAUCUAACUUCAAUGAGCCUCGACCAUACGGAGCGCAGCAGUAUGGAGAGAAGCCCGAGAGAUCAGGAUUGAAUACUCAUCGGAACUACGGCCAGGGUGAUCGAGGAUACGGAGCGAAAAAAACCUGGACAUCAGAUGGUUUCGGCCGCAAAGACUAUGACCGCCGACAAUCGCCAUGGGAUGACAAUUCUCGAUCCCCACGACAAAACCGAAAGGAGGAAAGGUUUGAGUUCGACGAAGAUGAAUUCAUUCGUUCUGGUGAUUUCCGGGGACUCCCUCGUGAACAUCAAUCACGAUUCCAGUCACGAGUCCAAUCACGAACACCAGACGGUUCAUUCACACAAGCGGGACGAGGAAGGCCUUCAAUGAAUGAACCACGGGAGAAGGAGCCAGCAAGACCUAGGGCUCAUCGGGUCACGAACAGCAUGCCAGAGCGAGUGAAGGACAACGUCAAAGUACCUGAUACAAUCCCCUACACCACACCGGCAUCCGAGUUCAUUUACGGCACUAGUGCCGUGGAGGCCGCGCUGCGCUGCAGUCGGCGUCAACUAUACAAGCUUUAUAUCUACCAGAGCACGGACGAAGAACUAAGCGCAGCAAAGAUGACAAUCCGCAAACUGGCAUUGUCAAAGAACAUUACAGUAAAGAUGGCAUUUGCAGGAUGGGAUCGGCUUAUGGACAAGAUGAGCGCUGGACGACCUCACAAUGGGUGCAUUUUGGAGGCAUCUCCUUUACCAAAAUUACCUGUGCGCGGCCUUCAGGUUGUUCCAUCUAUAUCCGAAGAGUAUUUCCGGACGGAACUUGCACCACAAACCCGGGAAGAAGCUGCGGUAAAUGGUACCGAUGAUCGUAUCCGGAUCCAUCAUCCUUCUCCGUCCCCAGAAGAAACUGAACAGCGCCAUCGAUACCCAAUUGUUUUGUUAUUGGAUGGAGUGGUCGAUACCGGUAAUAUGGGCGCCAUCAUCCGCUCAUCCUAUUUUCUGGGUGUCGAUGCGAUUGUUCUAGCCGGUCGCAACUCCGCACCAUUGUCUCCCCUCACGAUCAAAUGCUCUGCUGGUGCAGCAGAGAAUAUGCCCAUUCUACACGUGAAAAAUGAAGUUGAUUUUAUUCAGCGGUCCCAGCAGAACGGGUGGCGAUUCUAUGCUGCAGAUGCACCAAUCCCCGGCUCUGUACAUUUGGAUCACAUCUCGGCGGAUGGUGAUCAAAGUGCCAAAUUACCCAUCACGACUGCUCCUAGUGUUAUAAUGAUGGGCAGUGAGGCUACUGGGUUGAGCUCGCAUAUCAAGUCGCAUGCAGAUGCAAUCAUCAGUAUUCCAGGCGCCCGGCAUAAUUCCAUCCUAGGCGUUGAAUCAGAUCCUGCCCGCAUCGACAGUCUUAAUGUGAGUGUCGCUGCCGCGCUACUGAUGGAGAAGUUCUUGCGGACACCCAUAACUUUGGGUGAGGUUGUCAAGAAGGAAAAGAAUAUGGAAAAGAAUAUGGGAAAGGAGAAAAUGUGGUAA